AUGGAGCCGAUCUACACGGCUGCCUUGAACAUCAUUAGCUAUACGCAGCCAAGCUUGGACGGUGGAUUACUGGCCUACGCCUUCAACAAUAUUGUGCAACUCCCCACAGCCAAACAAGCAAAUGUGUCUUUUUAUUCACCUAAACACACUGUGAGAGAUCAUGUAUUAUCGACUUAUGCACGGACGGGAUACGCUGUUGCUGUCACGUCUGGACUACUUUGGAUUAUUCUAUUGCUAACAGCCGCUGUUUUUCUUUGUUUUCAAUGUCGACGCAAGGCAAGGCGCAAGACAGCAAUGGUCUAUUUGACCGAUAUGACCAGCGGGGUGAUGGAGGCAAAUAUGCCAAUGUUAGUGAUGGAUGCAGCUCCGAAAAGAUCAAGCAAACCAUUUUACAAAAGGCGAGAGCAACUUCAGUCCCACUGGUCUUGUUUGGCCAUCCAGUUUUUCUUAUUCUGUUUACUAACUGUUUUGCUGGGCACCGGUGUGCUUCUCGGAUUUACAGUAAGCAGUCAGCUGCACGCAAAUCUCGCAUCACCACCCACACAUGAAGAAGCGAUCGGGCGACUUCUGACUUCUGCAGAGUUAGAGCAUGUCGAUUCCUCAAAAAGUCAUGUUUUCCCUCGGUUGCUCAGGGCAUUAGCUCAGGUCAGAGCUUAUUUAUCGGAAUUCGUUCAAAACACGAAAAAUCAUACGGCCCCUGCUGUUGAGGAACUGAUUCGGGCAACGGAACAGAUGCAAGAUGGAAUGACGAAUGAGUUUAAUGCCUUACUUUUUGAUAAGAUUGGUGUCUCAGAGGCGUUUGCUCAAGGGGAUUUACUCGGAAGUAGUGUUAUAUCCUUGAUCACACACUCAAUGGCUGUUGUUGAACAAGAUACAUCAGUUAAGGCCCAUUUCGAACGGUUCAAGAUCGAGUUACAGACAUGGCUACGCCUUAUUAACAACUACGGACCAAGCUUGACAGAUGGAAAUUGUACUGGCCAAUGUCGUUGGCUGCACGACACGUUUGCUGGUAACCUAACGGCCCGUCCUGACUCGUUUAUGCCACCGUUUACGUUUGCCAUUGCUCUCAAGUUCGUGACCACUGAUCGAAAUCAAACUGCUGAAACCGUUCAGGCUCAGUUGAACCAAGGGAAAAUUUUGGCCGACAAACAAUUGAUAGAGACGAAGAAAAUUAUGGCGGAGCGAAUCAAUAUCCCGAAAUCUAUUGGGGAUAUGAUAGAUCAACGUUGGGACAUGCUAGGUUCGCAACUGGGCAAAGCGAUUCAAGCGAUUGACCAAGCUGCACUGAUGGUGACCCGGUCAGUUGCACCGAAGGUCUCCUCGGGUUCGACAAUUGCACUCGCGGUUGGUUGCAUUUUUUGGAGUUUAUUUUUGUUGCUCACGGUUGGGAUAACCUGGUUGCUCAUUCACUAUCAUUGCGUCCCUGGUAAAUUGAAUCGUCAUGAUCGACAUCGCGUACGUUCGGUCGCCAGUUGUGGACUUGUCCUUUUCGCAAUCAGUAUGUUAUUCGCUGUAAUUUUGUUCCUGUCAGCUGGCUAUGCUUACAGUGAAGUUUGCCGAUACCUCGACCCAGGACAGAAGAUGGUAACCGUUGUCCGCCACGAUACCCUGAAAGGCACGUAUACCAGUGAAACUGUCUUUACACUUGACUCGCACAUCAACGAAUUUCUCAACCAGCACUGGCCUGAAAUCGAAGCGAUCGCUUUAAGAGCCACCCCACCGGGCAGCAAGCCAAUGCCGAUACCACAUAUUCGAAGCCCAGUCUAUGCUCUCACGCACAACUGUCAACAGGAUAUGGGUGUUCUGCAAGCGUUCGAUGCUAUACGUGACUUCAACAUGACCAGUUUGAACGACCCCGAGAUGUCGGCGCGAUUUGUUAACAUUGGUCGAGAGAUUAUGAUGGACUCUUUGAGGUCAAUCGAUCCGAACGAAAUGUUUCCCGCGGAAACUGAUGAGCAGCUUGCUAUGGCUGGUCGUUUGGAUGACUUUAUUGUUAAUUUUGAAGAACUACGUCAAAAUCUUCCCACCACCUAUGUCAGUGUUCGUGGUACGGAAGAGGAUUCAGUCAACUACAGACCUUAUCCAGAGAAAGCCAUGUGGGAUGCUUGGGAUGCUUACCGUACGAUUAUCUAUCCAAGUCUAACAACGGAACAGGUUCAAAAGAUUGAGUUUGCCACACAACAGGUUCGUCUUGGAUUGACCCAAAUGGCUGCAAAUAUCAAAACAAUCGAUGGACAUUUGACUGAACUGUCCAAAGCCAAGAAGGUUAGCCAUGUCGUUGUCAGUCUUCAGGCGAAUCUUGCCAAGUUGAAAUCCUUGAUGUCCGACAAACCCAGACUGCUGGAAGUUGCAGUAAAGUUGUUUGAAGAAAACAUUGCGGCAAACACUCCUGAUGAAGCAGCCAAACUAGUCGUAACCUACGGGCCAAAACUGAUGGCCGAGGUUGGCCGUUGUCGUCGUCUAUACGAGGCUACUCGGGAUGUCACCGAGUCUGUAUGUGGUGGCGUUGUGACAGUGAUGAAUGGGGUCUGGUUUGUGGCUGGUUGGAUUACUCUCGUCGGGACAGUGAUCAGCAUUUUCGGACUGUUACUACUCCUACACAAACCGGACGGUGUGGUCACACGAAAAUUCCACUUUCCCACUUCAAAUGCCACUCAACCCACUGGUGGUAGUGUUCGAGGACGCAGACACAAAGACACUGCCCCAACAACCAAUGAUUUCUCUACUCAGGCUGAAGUAGGACAAUUUGGUGCACACACUCAAAACCACGUUAAUUCCUUACAAGCAGUAGAAACAGGCGAAUCCGAAUGUGGCCCGCAUAUCGGUUGA